AUGAGGGACGCCAUCAGCGCCGUGGAGGCGAAGGAGCUCUUGGUCGAAGAGGAUGCAGCGAACACGCAGACACUAAGCCUCAUGAACGGGGGGAUACCAGACCUCUUAGCAGUAGACCGAUUAGAAGUAGACCGCUCCGCAAGCGCAGCGGAGAGGGACAUCAAUGGAGCAUUAAACCCCCACACGCUGAGCAUAGAGAACAAGAAAAACUCGAGGAUAAUAAUUGACCGGCUCAUAUUAGAGAACUUUAAAAGCUACUCCGGAGUAAAGGUCAUUGGACCGUUCUACAAGAAGUUCAGUUGCAUUGUGGGUCCGAAUGGGAGUGGCAAGAGCAACAUUAUCGAUGCCAUGUUGUUUGUGUUUGGACGUCGGGCGAAGAAAAUCCGGCAGAACAAGCUCUGCGACCUGAUUCACAGUUCGAAGUACUCCAUGCAUAACGAGUACACGAAGGUGUCGAUCCAGUUCAGGACCAUCUCGGAGGGGGGAGAGCAGUGUAAUGACCCAUCGCAGCAGGAGGGGCGAGCGAAGUGGGAGGGGUCAGAGCAAUGGGAUGGACAAGAGCAGUGGGAUAGGCCAGCUGAGUGGCAACCCCCCCCCCUGGAGUCGCCCCAACAUUUCACCAUCAGCAGGGAAGCCACGGCGGACAAUCAAUCUCGGUACCGAAUAAACGACAAGGUGGUGACGCAGAAGGAGGUAUUCGAUCUGUUGCUCCAAAAGGGGAUCGAUCUAAGGAACAACCGCUUCCUCAUCCUGCAGGGGGAAGUAGAGCAAAUCUCACAAAUGAGUCCCAAAGGAAACAAAAAUGAAGAAGGACUCCUCGAGUAUCUAGAAGACAUCAUAGGGACCAACUCCUACAUAGAAGGAAUAAAUAAUAGCCUAGAAGAGCUUGAAAGAAGUGAAGAAGUGUAUCAUGAUAAGGUGAACCGAUUGAAGCAUGUUUAUAACGAACUGAAGGAAUUAGCUGGACCGAAGAAGGAAGCAAAGUAUUACGUGCAGUUGCAGAAGUUUACCUAUAAGCUAAACAUAUUGAUCGUGAAGAAAGACAAAUUCGAACUAGCCAAAAGGAUCUCAAUAAAAGAAGAGGAACUAGCCAAAUAUGUGAAAGAAAAGGAACAACACAACGUAGUGUACGCAACGUUACUCAAGGAGAGAAAAGAAAUGAAUAUCAUUUUAAGUUCUCUAGAAAAUGAAGAGAGCGAAAUUAUAAGAAGAAAAAACAAAGUAGACAAUGAGUUCAAAGUGUUGACGACUCAGGAUGAGAACGUGAAGAAGGAGUUACUCAUCGUUGUAGAGAAAAUCCAGAAUCUGUAUGUCAAGAGGGAACAGCUCAGGGAGAAAGACAUCCCUCUAUAUAAGAGCAUAAUCGAAAGCAAACAAAAGAUUCUAAAUGUGCUAAAAAGAGAGAACAUUCCAAAAUUAGAGAGACAACUAGAAAAGUGUGAGGAAGAAAUGGAGAAAUACAAUGAAGAAAUCAAAACAGACACGGAUAGGAUUAAUACCAUUUACUCCAAUGAAGAGAAGAAGUUAGCUCCCCUUCAAAACAGUUACGACGAUUUGGUCAGAGUUACCUCUGAGUAUAGCAAUCGAUCCAAUCUUAUAGAGAAGAAACAAAGGGAAUUUUUAGCUCAUCAAGAAAAUCUCAAGUAUCUACAAACGAAGCUGCUCAACGAGAUGAAGGAGAUCGAUGUCCAAUUGAAACACAUGAGUAAGGUGGAAUCGGAGAAGAGGAAAGCUCUCCACGCGAAGGAAGAACUAGUAACUCGGAUAGACAACGAAACAGAACAGGUAACCAACAAAUUGGUUAACCUAACGGUGAAGUACGAAACGAUGAAGAAAGAACUCAACACAGAUAGAAGUCUGAGUAAGUUACACGAACUGAUUUACCAUUUGAAGAAGACAAAGAUUAAAGGCAUUCAUGGAGUCCUUGGUGAUUUAGGAUCCAUCGAUCCUAAGCAUGAGAAGGCUUUCCUCAUCGCAGGAAAUAAUUGCACCGACUUUGUUGUGGUGGAUAAGCCACAUGACGCUGUGCUGCUUUUCGAACAAAUGAGGAAGCACAACCUCGGACGAGUGAACGUAUUAUCUCUCUCCAUUUUGGAAGCCAAUUUAUUACCAGUGAUGAAGAAACAUGAUGAGAAUUACACCCCUCUCCUCCCCAACGUUCACAGACUUAUUGACUUCAUCCGAUUUAAGGACGAGAAAUACAGAGUAUGCUUCUACUACGCUGUGAAGGAAACCCUCGUGGCGAACACUCUAGAGGAGGCACACGUCAUCGGAUAUUCACACAAAAGGAGAGUCGUCACGGUCGGGGGAGAGCUAAUCGAAAAUGACGGUCGUAUUUGCGGGGGAGGGCUUCUAAACAAGCAAGGGAAAGGAGCAGGUUGGGGGGGGAGAACAUCCGUGCGAAAGAGUUGCGGAAACGCUGGGACAGAAGAACAGGGAAGCCACUGCAGUAGCUCCUUCUUCAGAGCCGAGGCCCCUUCUCAGUAUGACCAAAACGAUGUCGCCAAGACGGAAGGGGACAUUAAGGAGGCAAACAAAACUAUGGAGGACCUGAAGCUGCGCAAGGGAAACCUCCUCAGUGAAAUUAAGGAAAUAACGACUCUUAUAGAGGACAACGAGUGUAAGCUAGAGAUUGCGAAGAAGCGAAUCGAGAAUUGCAAAAAACAACUGAAAGACAUCGAUGGGCAGUUACAAAACUCCGAUGUGCCGGAACUCACUCCGGAGGAGAAAAAGGAACUGGAACAUAUCAAAGAAAUGAUAGAACAAAAAAACGACGAAAGGAACAAAGUCGAGAUUCUUCUCAAAGCACAGGAGAGUAAAGUGAAGAUGUACUAUGAGCAGCUGCAGAACGUUGGGGGAGAAAAGAAAAAGACACUUAAGAAUAAGUUUAUGUACGCGGAGCGACAACUAAACAUCACCCGGGAUGAAAUAGCCAAGCACAGCAGUGAAGAGGUGAAUGCCCUAGCCAAUCUGCAGAAAGGAGAGAAAGACAUUCUCAAGUUUACAGACGAGAUUGAGGAAUAUGAAAAGAACGAAAAAGAACUAGAGAGUGAGCUCAAGGAUUUAGAGACAAAAGGGUGCAUGGUCUAUGAAGAAAUAGAAAAGAUGGAGAAGGAGGUAGCGAAAGUGCAAGCCCAGAUGGAGGAGAACCAAAAGAAGAAGCAACAAAUUGAUGAGAACAUUUCCAAGAAGGAUCUAGAGAAUGUGGAUCUAGUGUACAAGACAGAGAAUCUACAGAAAGAAAUAGAACAGCUCCGACUCAGGGGUAUCGCCUACGAAGGGAAGAUUGAUGAAUACACGAGACUGAUUGAGCAGGCCGAUCGGGUCGUCGUGGAGAACAAGCCGUGCCGCGCCAGCGGCGGGGCCAGCGCCGACCAGAGCACCGACGAGGAGAGCAGCCAGGAAAGCGGAGAGGAAAGCGGCGAGGAGGGAAGUAAGGAAGACCUCGAGGAUGGCCUUGACGAUCAUGAUGAUGGCGCGGUAGGGGGCAAACGAAAGCGCAGCUCGGAGGGCGCGGCACAGAGCAGAAAGCGGAAGAGGGGGAGCGCCGAGGAAAGCGGCGACGGAAGUGGUGACGGAAGUGGUGACACACGGGGUGGCGAUCGGGAGAGCGACGCGGAAGGGGGCGACCCCCGCCAGCGUGACGAGGACCAGGAGGAGGAGCUCAAAGCCCUGGAGGACAUGGCGUGCGACAACGAAGAAUGGAGCGAUCUCGAAAGCGAAUACGACUAUGCGAAUGUGACGGAUGAGCAACUGCAAUGUAUGAACAGAAAAGAAGUUGAAAACAAACUAGAGAGUAAGUUACGGCUUCUACAGAAGAAGGCCCCAAACCUUAAGGUCUUCCAGGAUUACAACGUGAAACUGUAUGACUAUAUAAAGAGAAGAAAAGAUGUCUACAAGUCAAGGAAGAAGAAGGACAAAUUAAAGAAACACUAUGAUAACCUAUGCAAUAAGAGAAGGAAGGAGUUCCUCCUCGCAUUCAACAUCAUCGCUGCUAAGCUAAAAGAAAUGUAUCAAAUGAUCGCCAUAGGUGGAGAUGCAGAAUUAGAGAUCAUCGAUUCAUCCGAAAUCUUUAAUGAAGGGAUUCUUUUCUCCGUUCGACCUCCCAAAAAAAGCUGGAAACAUAUACAGAACCUAUCCGGAGGAGAAAAAACUCUUAGCUCCUUAGCUCUUGUCUUUGCUCUACACUACUUCAAGCCAAACCCUAUUUACUUUAUGGACGAGAUCGAUGCAGCACUUGACUUCAAGAAUGUCUCCAUCAUUUCUCAUUACAUUAAGACGAAAACCAGCGAUGCGCAGUUUAUCGUCAUCUCUUUGCGAAAUCAGAUGUUUGAGCUGUGCGACAGGAUGAUUGGCAUUUACAAGACAAAUGACAUAACCAAAUGCAUCACCCUUAACCCUCGGAGGUUCCAGGGGGAUCAGCCAGAGGAAGAGGCGCAAGAACUGGGAGAAGAAGAAGUGAGCACAGAGGAAGAGGCAGAAAAAGUGAACCAACUCGAGGACCAGGCGAAUCCAUACGUGACGGUGCCGAUGUGA